AUGGAGGGUAAUGCCCUCGGUCAUCGUCGCGAUUCUGUAGUUUAUAAACGAUUGAUAAACAUUCUGAAAGUAAAUGUUGCUGGAAAUAUUUUGUUUAUACUUAUCGCAUUAUGUGCAUGGGUCCUUCAGAAAUCCGGGUUACUCUGGACUAACGCAAUUCUACCACCUUCAACAACAAACAGAAACUCACAAGUCCAACAUAUUAGCUUUAGGAGUAAGGCUACUUCUGACGACAUUGGAAGUGAGACAGUUUGUAUAACGUGUAGUGUCUAUGGAAAAGACGUUUUGACCAGUCUCUAUGAUUACACUAUCACUACAAGCUAUGGUGUUUCUCUGUGUUGUGUGAAUAAUGACACAGAUACACAGGAUAUCAUAUUACAGUUGCUGGCAUUACCUGAGCAUCAGUACAUCUAUGAAGGACCUUCCAACCAGAAACUAAAGUGGUGGACCGAACGUGACUAUGCCGCACAUUUGUACGCUGAUCAUGUUUCCAAUGCCAGAUCAUUGUCGUGGACUGCCAGUAGACACAGUACUUCAUUUGUGCGGAAUCUGACGCUGUGUGCUGACAGUAGGAACAAACUCACUGUCCCUGACGCUGCUGGUGCUGGACAAUACUUCGUUUAUUCGAUGUUUACAUUUGAUUUUCAUAAUCAGCCAACUAGUAAACAUAAGCCAGAAAUCAAUCAUUGUAUAAUAAAAAACAAAGAUUACCCGCCAAACUGUUUCGAUAAAAACAGGCUGUGGUGGUCCUCUCGUGGUAAUAUAUAUAUGUCAACUCGGCAGACAUCAUACCUGAGUGGGGUGGUUAGUUUGAAGCAAUCAGACACCAUAACUGUUAAAGCGUAUUCAUUUUAUGGAACAGGUUAUACAACUGAAAAAUAUAUCGAUUAUUCCUCACUUUACUUUAAUUUCUUCGGAAUGUUUAAAUUAGAUUAAUCUAAAUCGUUG